AGUGACGUCACAGUCACCAAUGGCCGUUAGUCUGUUGCUAUGUAUAAGCUAGUACGGAAAAGCCUUUGUUUGGUUUUGUGUAUCAGAAGCGUAGUGUAGCUGCUUUAUUCUCCUCCUGACACCGACACACAAACAUUACUGCAACUGCGUGUAAUUAUUUCUGCAAAAACAGAAAAAAACUAUAAAGAUAAAACUGACGGGAUGACACCGAAGGGGACAUCAUAGGGACAUUUUUAUCUUCAAUACCAACUCCUUCUGGACCGUGACAUGUAUUUAUAAAGCUCCCUCCGUCCAAAGAAGCCUCAUGGAACCGAGUAACGAUGUGGCGCUGGACAUUAUCAUCACAAACGUGGUUUCUGUCUUCAGGACCAGGUGUCAUUUAAACCUGCGCACUAUCGGCCUAGAGGGGACUAACGUCAUCUACAGACCAGAAGUCGGGAAAGUGCUGAUGAAGCUCCGCAAACCUCGCAUCACUGCCUCAAUAUGGUCAUCAGGGAAAAUCAUUUGCACCGGUGCAACAAGCGAGGACGAGGCCAAACUGGGUGCCAGGAGGUUAGCCCGCUGCCUCCAGAAGAUUGGAUUCAAGGUCCGGUUUUCAGAUUUCAAGGUAGUAAACGUCCUGGCAGUGUGCUCCAUGCCCUUUCAGAUCCGCCUCAUCGAGUUCACCAAGAACAACCGUCCCAUAGCCAGCUAUGAGCCCGAGCUUCAUCCAGCUGCUACAUACAGAAUUAAAACCCUUAGGAGCACAGUGCAGGUGUUCUCCACAGGCAGCAUCACAGUUACAGGACCAAAUGUUCAGAGUGUUGCCUCAGCUGUGGAACACAUAUAUCCUCUACUGUUCGAGUGUCAGAAAAAACUGGCGUAAAACACACACACACACACACACAAUCUCUGGAAAAACCGAAGAAGCACCUUAUAAAUGAAUGUGUUGUAAGACGUUAAACUGUCGGGCUCAUCGUCGUGUAGUAAUCGAACAUUUUAAUCAAACGUUAUUUUAGUGCAUGGACGCCAAAGUCGACGAGACACUGUUGCUAUUUUUCCGAAACGUUGGGAGUUACAGAAAAAAAAAAACUGAAGCUGGCUUUAGUAGAGCAACACAGAGGACGGACAAGAGCGGCCGCACUAAACAGGACGUGAUGUAAUAUUUACCUUAAACAAGAACACUCUGCUUCACGAGGCAGUGUGAAGUUUACGUGUUUAUGUACAAUGUCCCAUUUGGUAUUUUAUAAUAAAGACUGAAUAAAAUUA